ACGUUAUCCGCUGCUGGAAAGAGGGAGGGAGAAAGAGGGACGGCUGGACUCCAUUAAGCCGAAGCCUGCAGGAAAACUGUUUGGGAUACUUCACUUCUUCAGCGAGUUCUUCGGGGAUUUCUUUCUGUUUUUAUUGUCUAAAAACUCUUCAUACAUGAUUUAAAGCGGGGGGACUUGUUCUGAACCGUGUAGUCGACUGUUUUAGUGCGGUUUUUUUCGUCUUUGUGAAGGAUGGCGCUGGACGGGAUCCGGAUGCCCGAUGGCUGUUACGCCGACGGAACGUGGGAACUGAAGAUGCAUGUCACUGACCUCCACAGGGACGUGUCGCUGAGGGUAACUGGGGAGAUCCACAUCGGCGGAGUCAUGCUGAAACUCGUGGAGAAACUAGAUGUGAAGAAGGACUGGUCAGACCACGCUUUGUGGUGGGAGAAGAAGAAGACAUGGCUGCUGAAAACCCACUGGACGUUGGACAAGUACGGCAUCCAAGCCGACGCCAGGCUGCUCUUCACGCCGCAGCACAAGCUGCUGCGCCUCCAGCUGCCCAACAUGAAGCACAUGAAGGUCAAGGUCAACUUCUCGGACCGCGUCUUCAAGGCUGUGUCCGACAUCUGCAAAACUUUCAAUAUCCGCCACCCAGAGGAGUUAUCGCUACUGCGUAAGCCCCGUGAUCCCAAGAAGAAGAAGAAAAAGUUGGAGGAGGCAGAGGAGGAUGAUCUGGAGCUGGAGGGUCCGCUGCUGACUCCAGGAUCAGCCUCUGAGGUUAUAUACAUCGGACCUGUCAAAGGGAGCAUCUACUCCAGUCCAGGAUUGUACAGUAAGACUAUGACGCCCACCUAUGACUCCAGAGACGGCAGCCCGCUGUCGCCCACCACUGCCUGGUUUGGGGACAGCCCCCUCUCUGAGGGUAACCCCAGUAUCCUCGCUGUCAGCCAGCCAAUCUCUUCACCAGAUAUCCUGGUCAAACUCUACAAGCCCCAGUCCUUGCUGGACAAAGCCAAAAUCAACCAGGGGUGGUUGGACUCGUCCAGGUCUCUGAUGGAGCAGGAUGUAAAGGAAAAUGAGGUGCUGCUGCUGAGGUUUAAAUACCACAGUUUCUUUGACCUCAACCCAAAGUAUGAUGCCAUCCGAGUGAACCAGCUCUACGAGCAGUCCAAGUGGGCCAUCCUGCUGGAGGAAAUUGAGUGCACGGAGGAGGAAAUGAUGAUGUUUGCUGCCCUGCAGUACCACAUCAACAAGCUGUCAAUCAUGUCUUCAGACAACCACAUGAAUAACAGUGAGAAGGAGGUGGAUGAGGUGGAUGCUGCCCUGUCAGACCUGGAAAUAACUUUGGAAGGAGGAAAGACGUCCAACACACUGGGUGACAUCACAUCUAUUCCCGAGCUAGCGGACUAUGUCAAAGUCUUCAAACCCAAGAAACUGACACUGAAGGGCUAUAAGCAGUACUGGUGCACAUUCAAGGAUAUCACAAUUUCCUGUUACAAGAGUAAAGAGGAGGCACACGGGACGCCUGCUCACCAAAUGAACCUCAGAGGUUGUGAGGUAACACCAGAUGUUAACAUCUCGGGUCAGAAAUUCAACAUCAAGUUGCUAAUCCCCGUGGCCGAUGGCAUGAAUGAGAUCUGGCUUCGGUGUGACACGGAGAAACAGUACGCGCACUGGAUGGCUGCGUGUCGCUUGGCCUCCAAAGGGAAGACCAUGGCUGACAGCUCGUACAACCUGGAGGUCCAGAACAUUUUGUCCUUCCUCAAGAUGCAGCACAUGAACCCUGACCCUCAGUUCAUUGAGCCAAUCACCACCGAUAUCAACCCAGAGUGCCUGGUGUCCCCGCGUUAUCUGAAGAAGUACAAGAACAAGCAGCCAGGCUAUAUCAGGGACUUGAUUUCAGCCCGGAUCCUUGAAGCCCAUCAGAACGUGGCUCAGAUGAGUCUCAUUGAGGCCAAGAUGCGCUUCAUCCAGGCGUGGCAGUCCCUGCCUGAGUUUGGAAUCACUCAUUUCCUUGCCAAGUUUCAGGGUGGAAAGCGGGAGGAGCUGAUCGGCAUCACUUACAACCGUUUGAUCCGAAUGGAUGCCAGCACUGGAGAUGCUAUUAAGACCUGGCGCUUCAGCAACAUGAAGCAGUGGAACGUCAACUGGGAGAUCAAGAUGGUGACGGUGGAAUUCGCAGACGAGCCCAGUCUGUCGUUCAUCUGUGCUGAGGUGGACUGUAAGGUGGUCCACGAGUUCAUCGGCGGCUACAUCUUCCUCUCAACACGUGCCAAGGACCAGAAUGAGUCUCUAGACGAGGAGAUGUUCUAUAAGCUGACCAGCGGCUGGGUCUGAGCUGCCCCAAACCACCAGGGGCCAACGAUUGUAGGUCAGGGGCCAGG